AGUGUAGCUGCGGAUGUUUCAACCAAUAGAAAUGAAGACUACCUUAUAUGGAAUUGAAUUGAAUCAUUUCGUUGUUCAAGCGCCCAGAGUAUAUAAAGUGGCUCGUCAGUGUCAUUUCAGCACGAACACUACUCUAACGUAACUCUAGCAACUGCUAAAAUUUGUUAUUAUUAUUUCUAAGUAACCCCAAGCUCUAACACAAAAUGGCUGAAGAUGAUGUUGCUGCUCUUGUUAUCGACAACGGAUCCGGUAUGUGCAAAGCCGGUUUUGCUGGAGACGAUGCUCCCAGAGCCGUCUUCCCAUCAAUUGUUGGUCGUCCCAGACAUCAGGGCGUGAUGGUUGGAAUGGGUCAGAAAGAUAGCUAUGUUGGUGAUGAAGCUCAGAGCAAGAGAGGAAUCUUAACGCUCAAAUACCCCAUCGAACAUGGAAUCGUUACCAACUGGGAUGAUAUGGAAAAGAUUUGGCAUCACACCUUCUACAACGAACUACGUGUUGCUCCUGAAGAACAUCCAGUUCUCCUUACAGAAGCACCUCUAAACCCCAAAGCCAACAGAGAAAAAAUGACACAGAUCAUGUUUGAGACAUUCAACUCGCCUGCCAUGUACGUCGCAAUUCAAGCCGUUCUUUCUCUGUACGCUUCUGGAAGAACCACUGGUAUUGUGCUUGACUCUGGAGAUGGUGUCACUCACACAGUACCAAUCUAUGAGGGUUAUGCCCUUCCUCAUGCCAUUCUCCGUUUAGAUCUGGCAGGCAGAGAUCUUACUGAUUAUCUCAUGAAGAUCCUCACAGAACGUGGUUACAGUUUCACCACUACAGCCGAAAGAGAAAUUGUUCGUGAUAUCAAAGAAAAACUUUGCUACGUCGCUCUUGAUUUUGAACAGGAGAUGGCCACUGCUGCCGCAUCCUCUUCGCUUGAAAAAAGCUACGAGCUGCCCGAUGGUCAAGUUAUUACCAUUGGUAACGAGCGUUUCCGUUGCCCAGAAGCACUCUUCCAGCCAAGUUUCUUGGGAAUGGAAUCCUGUGGCAUUCAUGAAACAACAUACAACAGUAUCAUGAAAUGUGAUGUCGAUAUCCGUAAAGACUUGUACGCCAACACUGUGCUGUCUGGAGGAUCCACAAUGUUCCCGGGCAUUGCCGACAGAAUGCAGAAGGAGAUCACUUCUUUGGCCCCAGCGACGAUGAAAAUCAAAAUCAUUGCUCCUCCGGAGCGUAAAUAUUCAGUAUGGAUUGGAGGUUCAAUUCUCGCAUCUCUGUCCACCUUCCAGCAAAUGUGGAUCAGCAAGCAGGAGUAUGAUGAAUCUGGACCAUCAAUUGUUCACAGGAAAUGCUUUUAAGCAGAGACCCUCUUGAUACAGUGAGCAUGCGCAAGUUUUUUACCGAGAUAUUUUUUUUUAUUUAUUUGUAAUUUUUGUACCAUUCCCUUAAAACAAGAACAGGAGUGUAAGAACUAAUGAUAGAGCUUUAAAUGUUUUAAAAAUGUGUAACUUGUUUUUAAAUAAAAGUGUUCGCUAGAAACCU